AUCAUUACGUGACUGAAAAAAAAAAAAAAAAGAGGAAGUCAUUCCAUGAAUAAAAAUCGGAGCGCAACAGUGCAACAAAAUAUUCUGUACUUAAAGGCCAUAGGCAGACAGAUGUUGACAAGGAAGCCUCUUCUAAAACCAUGGUCGGAUAGAUUUCUGCUAACUGCACAUAUAAAUAGGAGCAGAGGGCCGGUCACCUCUGUAACCACCGGCAGCAGCAGAAGCAGCCGCAGCUUCAGACGCAGCCAGAGGAAUCUCUGAGCAGAGAAGGCGCUGCGGACUCUCGCAGCUGCUUGACCGGGCGGCUCCCACAGACGCCGGCUUUGCCGCGGCCCUCCUUCUUUCUUCUCCUUCUACGACUUUCCCUACUACUUCUUUCUCUGGGUGGACUUAAGGCCACUUUCUCCCCUACCCCCACUUAGCUCGCCUCCUCCUCUUUCUUCCUUCCACAUCUCUCUCCUCGCCCCCUUCUCUCGGUGUCACGCUCUCUCCUAGUUCUGAGCGUCUACAAACUUUUGAACAGAAUACCGGCCUCAGCAAACAAGUCCUUCAGCUCCUCCUGCUGCUCCUGCUCGUUCCUGCGGCUUCUGCUUAGAUACUAACACCAGACGGUGAUGUCCCUUGGUUUGUGACUCCAGCGCAGAAACUUGGAGAAGCCCUUUGCCCGCCGUCCUACUUGGCAGCAAACCCUCUCCUAGCAGCGUCCUGCGCAGAAUGAUCAUGUGUAGCGGAGCAAGGCUGGCUCUGCUGGUCUACGGGAUAAUAAUGCACAGCAGCGUCUACUGCUCACCUGCCGCCGCGGGACUCCGAUUCCCUGGGAUCAGGCCGGAGGACGAGGCGUACGACGAGGACGGAAACCCGCUGCAGGACUUCUAUGACUCGGACCCGCCUGGGGUGGGGGGCCCCGCCUCCACGCUGCGCGACGCCUACGCGCUCUACUACCCAGCGGAAGAAAGAGAUGUCGCCCACGGGAUCCUUAACAAGGCCUACCGCAAGGUGCUGGACCAGCUGUCCGCCAGGAAAUACCUGCAGACGCUCAUGGCCAAGAGCGUGGGGGGGAACCUCGACGGAGGAGCGGAAGAUGACUCGGAGCCCCUCUCCAAGCGCCACUCGGACGGAAUCUUCACGGACAGCUACAGCCGCUAUCGGAAACAAAUGGCUGUUAAGAAAUACUUGGCGGCCGUCCUAGGGAAAAGGUAUAAACAAAGGGUUAAAAACAAAGGACGCCGAAUAGCGUAUUUGUAGCGAUGAGACACCAGCUACCCUGUGUAUACAACCCUGACACAAUGAAAAGUCAUUUACCCAACUGACUGAACAGUCAUCGCUCAUGUGUUCUAUCCAAACAUGUAUUUAUGUAUGAAGUAAAGCCAUUAAAUGAAUAUUUUGAUAAUAAUAUUGUUUUUCUUUUUACAAAGCACUAGAGAAUGCACAGAUAUACUUUGUGGACCAAUUAUUGAUAUUGAGAUAUAUAGAUAUAUAUAUAACAAAUAUAUAUUAAGAAUAUAUAUAAUAGAGAGCAGUUCAUACAAAGUGUGCAAAAGGAUUGAAAUUCGCCUGAGCUGUUUGUUUUUAUAUAAAAUAAAUAGAAAAAUAGACAAUCAUUGUUUUGAAUAUUACUCCUAUUUUUGUAAACUGGGAUUAAAAGGAUAGUAUUUUUAUCCACGACAGGCCUGAAGAUAUUAAUACUGACCAUUUGCUACUGUACAUAGACAGUGAUGCCCUGCUCCAGGGAGAUUUUGAGGUAAUGAUUUGGGAGAAUUGCUGAAGGGCACUCUUUCCCAGUGAGUCUCUGGGGCAGUCUGCUUCCAUCCCAGCUGAAUUCAACUAGGCACUAUCCAUCCCCCUCGCUGGGUGGCAAUUCCAAUACUUCUGCUUUCUUUGAUUCUAUUUUUAUGUGUAUUUAUCUCUCUUCAGACUCUUAGCCCAGAAGGAGGUUCUCCUGAUAAAACAACAGCUGGAUCCAAAUUGUGCUUCUCCCCAGACUCUAUAUCACUCCCUGGGGGAGGAGUGGAGGGGUGUACAAGGAGACAAAUAAGAAGCUCCCUUUUCUUUACUUCCAGGGACCCCAAUAUCCUAAAGUUAGGGUGAUUAGAACAAAGUGAAGAAAAUGCAGGUAUAUUGGAAGAGGCAGAGCACAGGGCAAUAGGAGGGGGACCCUGGAGACGACUGGCUUGGGGCUGCCCCAGGUCUGGGAGCUGGGGGUAAUCCAGUCCCACCUUAGGUCCCCUGCCUGCCUGACUUUGGAUGCUGGGUAUUGGAACUGGAUGCAAAGUACAAUGUGUUUUUCUCCAGUGCUGUCCAUGCUUCUCAUCUUGUGAAACGGCCAGGGUCCUCUCCUUUGAACCUUGCUCCCAUAGGAGCCACCCUUUUCUUUCCUGGUUUUCUGAAGACUCCUCUUUCCUACCCUCUCACACUGUAAAGUACCGUUUACCAUUUUUUCAUUCACUUCUCUUAAACUUGUGAAUGCUUCUUUAACUUUAUUGUUGUUUGAUACUAGCACUUAUUGUAAAGAGUAGGAACCCCUAUGUAGUUACCACCAAGUAAUUAUGCGCUAAAUAUGAACCUUCUGUUUCUUGUUGAUUGAGUUUGUAGGUAAAAUGUAUUUUUCUACAUUAUGGCUUAUUGCUUAGUAAAAUUGAUUUCAUAAAACCAAACUUUGUCAUAUUAGAAUGUGUAGUGUUCAUAUGUUGCUCAGUUGUACUAACUGAUAAAUCAUUUAAACCUCAUCUUCAUAUGUAUGAGUACUAUCUUAUAUUUGUGGUCAAGAGUGAGGUAAGCAAGCUCCAACAGGCCCUGAGACUGUCCCUUGUAUUCUUUCUUGGCUACAGAAAGCAUGUCUGUUUCUUAUCAAUUCCUUGAACCUGUCAAGUAAUUUCUAUAAACAAAAGAACCUUCACCCAGCAACCAGAUCAAGAACAGCAGGCAAAGCAGCCAGCCAAACUCUCAAAUUCCAGUCACAAAUUCUUUCGGGGGGGGGGGGAAGCCAAGAAAAUAUUAAACAUUAGAUUGUAAAGUUUAAAGGAUGUUUCCUUUUCCUUUACGGAUUUGGUCAGUAUGAAGUCGUAAAUCAAAGAAAACAGACUUGGAUUUGCAUUCCCAGGCGGGCUGGAGGCUGCCAGGAAGUCACAAGGCAAAUAGUGAAAGCACAGAGGCAUUUCAAUCUAUGCCUGAGUCCUGUGCACGGGAUCAAUCUUUCUUUAAUUCUGCAGUCUCUUCAGGCAGUGUGAUACGGGAUGCAGUUUGCAGCUUUAGUGCCUUUCUUCGCCUUUUAAAUCGCCACGAAUCACAGAUGGCUAUUUAGUGGCCCUACAAUGCUGCAACACAUCGGCUUGCAUUUUAGUCUUAAUUAUUUGUUUCUUGGAUAAUGGGCAGAGUUUUCUGUAUUUGUGUCAGCUGUUAGUGGUGAAAUAGGGCUCUAGUUAACCUUUUCUUUAUGAGUCUAAUAUAGUGUUCCUGUGGCUAGUUGCAAGCAUUUACAGUGAUCACCCAGUUUAAUCUUUUGUAUACUUUUUAGAAAUGCCAAGAGCCUUACUAUCCUGGAGCAGAUUUAUGAUACAGUGAUAAUUUAGGUAGAUAUUAGUCUUGAAGCUCUUAUUUUGUGUGCAACUGAUUAUAAAAACAUCUUACCCAAGUAUUAUUACACACAUGAUAUCUAUAACUAGGACUUUGAUAACUGUUAUAUAAAGUGUGUAAAAUUUGUAUGAAUAAAUUUUUGUAAACAAUGCAA